CGGGGUACGGAAGCGGCCGGGGCUCAGUCGGGCAGCGGCGGCCGCGGCGAGCGGAGCUCCGGGCUCGCCAUGGCGGCGGGGGCGGUGGGGACUGUCCCAGCCGAGCCGCCGCCGCCGCUGGGCCGCCUGCCCGGAGGAUCCGGCACUGAGCGCGCCCUGGAAGAAGCAGAGGCCUCCGGGACCCUCAGCCUGGCCGGCCGGCGGCUGCGCGCCUUCCCGGCAGCGGCGGCGCGGCGCUGGGACCUCAGCGACACCACACAGGCCGACCUGUCCCGGAACCGUUUCGGGGAGGUGCCGGAGGCCGCCUGCCGCCUGCCCUCGCUGGAGGGGCUCAGCCUGUACCACAACUGCCUGCGCAGCGUCCCCCCGGCCAUCGCCAACCUGCAGGCCCUGGCGCACCUGGACCUCAGCCGCAACCAGCUGAGCUCGCUGCCCGCCUGCCUCUGCCUGCUGCCCCUGCGCGUCCUCAACGCCAGCAACAACCGCCUGGCCCGGCUGCCGCCCAACCUGGGCGCCCUGCGCACGCUGCGGCAGCUGGACGUGGGCUGCAACCGGCUGCGGGCGCUGCCGCCGGGGCUGGGGCAGCUGCGGGCGCUGCGGGACCUCAACGUGCGGCGGAACGAGCUGGCGGCGCUGCCCGAGGAGCUCUCGGAGCUGCCCCUGGUCCGCCUGGAUUUCUCCUGCAACCGGGUGGCGGCGAUCCCGCGCUGCUUCCGGCGGCUCCGGCACCUGCAGGUCCUGCUGGCCGACAACAACCCCCUGCAGUUCCCCCCCGCGCAGAUCUGCCUGAAGGGCAAAGUCCACAUCUUCAAGUACCUGGAAGCCGCUGCGCAUCCUCCCCCGGCAUGCCCCCCGGACGAGCCGUGUCCCCUCCGGCAGCGGGGCGGGCUGGACUCCGGCUUCCACAGCGUCGACAGCGGCAGCAAGCGCUGGUCGGGGAACGAGUCCAUGGACGAGGCCUCGGAGCCGUCCCGGCAGCACAAGGAGGCGCGCAGCGGGGCAGCCGGUGACAGUGACCCGGAGCAGCUGGAGGAGGAGCCCUCACCUGAGGAGCAGCAGAGCCGGAGCCCGAGAGGUGACACCCCUGAGGGGAUCAGGGGGGUCCCCACUUGCCGGCGGCGCCCCAAGAACCUGGAGGUGUGGAUGGAGAGAGAGAGGGAGAGGAGCAGGGACAGGACCCUCCCCCAGAGACCCCCCCCAGACGCCGACGCCGCCGGACCCCGAGGGAGCCCCCGGCGCCCCGCACCCCCCCCAAAACACAGCGCCUGCCUCAGCCCCUGCUGCUCCUCUUCCCGCAGUGCCCCCAAGCCAGCCGCCCCGGACCCCCAGCAGCGGGAGCUGAUGGCUGAGAUGCGCCAGAGCCUCGAGGCGCUGCUGCAGCUGCAGCUCCCGGACGAGCUGGGGGACGCGGAGCUGCUGGGCCGCGUGGCCGCCCGCCUGCGCCCCUGGGCCAGCCCCCCCAGGACCCGCCGGGCGCCGCCGUCGCCGCCCCGCCGCUGCUCGGGGCUCCUCCAGGUACCCCCCCACGCCCCCAGCGCCCCCCCCCCCGGGCUGCUCUUCGCCCUCUUCUACGGCCUCCUCAUGGCGCUGCUCGUCGCCGCCCACCACGCGCUCUUCGGCUGCUGAGGGACCCCCAGACCCCGGGGAGCCCCCCCAAACCCCGGGGAGCCCCCCCGGGGCGGGGAGAGGGGUCCCACCUCUGCACCUUUCCUCCCCCCCCCCUUCUUUUCUUGUGCCUUAACGCU